AGAUUAGAACCUAUCAGCUACGCCACUGAAAAGACUGAUCAUAAAACAGGGGUAUUAUGUCACGGGAUAACGUUUAAGAAAACGAAACAAGAAUGUUAUCGACGAGGAAUUAAAAGUAAGGUUUACAUUUUAUACCACAUGGAAUAUUAUAAUAUGACUUUCAUUGCACAAUGGCAAAUGGAGGUGAUCUUACUUCGAUAAAAAAUGGUUCAGAUGUGGACUUUUACAUAGCGUGCACACCAUGUGGUGAAGAUAAUAUUAGAGUAGAAGCUGACAAGUAUUGCGUAGAAUGUCAGGAAUAUAUGUGUACAACUUGUACAAGACAUCAUGGUCGGCCAAAAGCUACACGUUCUCACAAGCUUCUCGACAAAGAUGCUGUCAAACAAGGCUCUGUUGUUGCUACGACAACGAAAUGUUUAUAUCAUUCUGAUCGCGACAUUGAGAUGUACUGUGAAGCACACGACAUGGUUUAUUGUGCAAAGUGUAUAGCUACUGAGCAUAGGGCCUGCAGUGGUGUGACUAAUAUAGAAGAAAUAGAGACAACUUCCGUUCAACAAAAGGAGUUAGAACGGUUACAGAAUGACACGAGAAACGUUCAAGAGCGUUUAGCACUCAAUGAUAAGAAUACACAGAAAAACAUCGAUCGCAUUGAAGAGCAAAGAGAUGGCAUAAUUACCAAAGUCGAGGGAGUCGAGAAGAGUUUGAUAGAACAUAUCCGGAAAUUAAAACGUGAAGCCAUGAAUACUGUGAACAAGGACUAUACUUCGGUCAAGGAAGAGAUGAAAUCUGAUAUCACCCUAAUCGCAAAUAUGAAAGUAGAAAUAGAGAAUGCAAGUAGCCAGUUGCGGACGUUUUCCAGUAUGGAUGCGGGACAGAAAUUUGUUCAGAUGAAACUGAUACAACAGACUGUAAACGAUGCAGUAAAAGUGGUUGAAGAUAGCGAGGCAAAAGGUAGUAAAACUUUAUGUUUCACAGAAAAUGGAGAUUUAAAGACUUCAAUUAUGACAGCAACAUUUUUAGGACAUGUGAAUACAGUAACAGAAAAUGAUCGUCAAACUGCCCAAAGUAUAUAUAAGGUGAAAUCAAAGAAGGAGAUUAAUAUCAAAAUGCAGAACGACCGUACCACGUGUUCUAUACAUGAUGUAUGUCAGCUUCAGGACGGUACGAUCAUACUGGCUGAUGGCAAUAAUAGGAAGAUUAAGAGGCUUGAUAUGAAUUACAACAUCAAGGAUCAUUGUGACCUAGGCGACUCCCCCACGGGUAUCUGUUGUACUGGUCAGAAUGAAGUCGCUGUGAAAAUGUACAACAACAAGAUUCAGUUUAUAUCCGUUGACAGUUCAUUGUCUAAGUUAAAAGAUAUAUCUAUAGAAGGUGGAGGCUAUUUUGGAAUGGCUUACUGUGCUGGAGAGUUGUGGAUAUCUAACGGAAAUACUGGUGUUAAUGUCUACAGUUUAUCCGGUACUCUACUGAAAACAAUUAGCAAGGGUAUCAAUGAAAAAAUAUUUAAAUCACAUACUCAACAUAUAGCAGUCAGUGGGGAAACUGUUAUCGUAACAGACAACAGUGAUGGUGCCGUUUGUCUGGGAAGAGAUUAUACGGUACAAAGAGAAUUGAGGGACGGAAGACUUGUCAAUACAAAAAGCGUAUGCGUAUCUAGUGAUGGAACCGUGUUCAUGUCUGGAUACUGUUCACACAAUAUUGUGAUGUUUGAUAAGAAUGGGAAAUGCCUCGGGGAGUUGGUAGCCAAACACGCUGAUCUGGCACAUCCGCUCGCAUUGCGUUAUGACGACAAAAGGAAAUGUUUAUUUGCAACAUGUGAUUCUUCUGACAAUAUGAUUAUUUUUGAUAUUGCACACUGAAUUAAGAUCAAUAAUUAAUGUAUUUUAAUAGAGGUAUAUUAGAGCUAAUCGUGAGAAUACUGAAAUUGUUAUAUCAGUAAGACGUUAUGCAGAAGGAUAAUAUAAUAUAAAUAAAUGAUCAGAACUGACUUGUUCAUGAAAUGAAAAACAAAUAUAUUCAAGAGUGAUUGUUUCCAUAAUUAUGAAAAGACAAUAAUAAUAAUCAUGUAGUAGUAUGAACAUAAAAACUGAGCAAUAAAAUAUGAUUAAACUUGGAUGUUUGCGAAAGAAAACAAUGGAGCAAUCAAUAGAUGACAAUACAAUCUCGCUAUUCAAAACAGUCACUAUAACUGACGCCAAACUUAGUUAUUGUGUCUUGCUAACCACUUGUAUUUUGAAAUUCUGCCAUUUUGAUCUUAGCCAGAUCAAAGUAAGUGCAUCUGCAUCAAACCAUACGACAACGCACUUGUAAAUAAAAACUAUAAUUACUA